AUGCAGAUUACUCCUCGUGUCCUCGUCGGGCUAUUUACUCUUCUUGUCUCACGCCCCGAACUCAUCAAUGCAGCUGUACCUAAUCAAGUCGGCGAGGCUGUAGAGGGCAAUUAUCUGGCAGAAGAGAAGAUUCAACUGACAGCCUCGUCAGCCAAGGAUCUCGAGGAGCUUGACUCCAAACACGCAGCGCUUUUCUAUCCCGAAGACGAAAAAAGAAAACGAGGUAUUGGUCUCCUUGCACGGAGUAAAUGCAAGACCUUCCCAGGAGACGCUCGCUGGCCUGAGGAUGAUGUUUGGAAGUUCCUUGAUCGCAUCGCUGGAGGCGCUUUGAUCAAGACUGUUCCCAUCGGUGCAUCAUGUUAUGACAGUUUUGGAGUUAAGAAUGAGGCUCGGUUCAGUCAGCUUAGACUCUUACCCUCUCCACGGUCACCACUAACCGAACCCAGUAUCGCUGAUCCAACUUCUGUCAUGUGGCCGAUCUAUCAAGGUCGAACAUGCAUGCCCGGCGAUAAACCCGACGGAAACUGUACCCUAGGCGGCUUUCCCUCCUACGUUGUUGACGCCCACAACGUCGCACAUAUACAACUGGCCGUCAACCUAGCUCGAUCUCUCAAUCUUCGACUCGUUAUCAAAAACACCGGUCAUGACUUCAAUGGUCGCUCUGCUGGCGCUGGUGCUUUGUCUCUCUGGAUGCAGCGGUUCAAGAGUAUCCAGUACUUCAAAGACUUCAAGACCCCGUCUUAUAGUGGACCCGCAAUGAAGGUCGCUGCUGGUGUUAUUGGUUCUGAACUUUAUGAGGCAGCUGAUAAAUAUGGCGUGACUGCUGUUGGAGGUGAAGGUAUGAGUGUGGGCUUUGCUGGUGGAUAUCUGGCUGGUGGUGGACAUUCACCUCUGUCUCCUAUCUACGGUCUGGCAGCGGAUCAGGUCCUGAGUAUUCAAGUCGUCACUGCCGAUGGUCGCUUUCUUACUGCCAACGAAUGGCAAAAUGCUGAUCUUUUCUGGGCCCUUCGAGGCGGCGGUGGAAGCACAUUUGGAGUCGUGACUUCAUACACUGUAAAAGUUUUUCCGAAGCUCAAAGCAUCCAUCAUGAGUUUUGCAUUUGGUACUAGCGAGACUAUCUCUCAUGAAACGUUCUGGAAAGCCAUUCGAGCGUUUUGGGAACGUUUCCCAACUUUUAACAAGGCUGGCAACUACGAAUACUGGGGCGUUUUCCACGGAGAGGGCGAUGCACUGAGUUUUGCCAUGUUUCCUUGGUUUGCACCAAACCAUACACUUGCUGAGUUGAAGAAUCUGACAGCUUCUUUGUUCAAGGACUGGAAGGACCUUGGUAUUGAACCUGAAGUUACAGAGUCGGAGCAUGAUUCUUUCCUAGGUGCUUGGUCUGCUGGUUUCGCCCGCGAAGCUGUCGGAGGUGCUAGUACCAAGACAGCAGGUCGCCUCUUCCCACGUGGGAACUUUGAGGAUCCAGCCAAGUUCAACAAAACCUUUGCUGCGCUCAAGAGUCUGUCUGACAAAGGUGGAAAUAUCAUCGGGUUUGGCAUAACUGGUGGUCCGGGUCCCCAUCCAGACAACGCUGUGAACCCUGCUUGGCGAGAUGCAGCCAUGUGGGCGAUUUCAGCUGUCGAGUUUCCCGAGGGUAGUUCUUGGAAAGUUAUUUCUGAGAGGAGUAAGACUUUAACAAACGACUGGAUGAAACCCUGGAGGGAUGUCACUCCCGGUGGGGGCGCGUAUGCUUCAGAGGCGGAUGUUACUGAGCCCGAUUUUCAACAGUCGUUCUAUGGUGCCACGAAGUAUAAGAGACUUCUCAGCAUCAAGGAUCAGGUUGAUUCUACAGGUCUUUUCUAUGCUCUUCAGGGUGUUGGAAGUGAGAGAUGGUAUAUCACAGAUCAAGUUGAUGGAGUGCCUACUCAAAACGGGCGACUUUGUAGGAUAUAA